CACAAAAUGGUUCCAGUGAAUUCGCUAGGCUCGACAGUAGUGCCCAUUCACGAUGAAGAAGAAGGAUCUUCUAUCGCGAAGAAAAAACCGAGUCCUCUUUCUUUUCUCUCUUCUCUCUUACAAAAAAUUGGUGUCGAAGACCCAAGAAAGGUGGUCCACUGCAUUAAGGUGGGAUUCGCUCUGGUACUAGUGUCAUUACUAUAUCUUUUGCAGCCUCUGUAUGACAAAUUCGGCGAUAAUGCGAUGUGGGCGAUUAUGACAGUCGUGGUUGUUUUCGAAUUCUCAGCAGGUGCGACACUCAGCAAGGGUUUGAAUCGUGGAAUGGGCACUAUCUUAGGUGGUGGGUUAGGGUGCCUAUCAGCACUUUUGGCUCGAAGCGUUGGUGGGAACGGCAAAGCCAUUGCCAUUGCCAUAUCAGUCUUCAUCUUUGGCAUGGCAGCAACGUAUUUUCGGUUGGUCCCAAGCGUUAAGAAGAAAUUUGAAUAUGGAAUUGUGAUCUUCAUCCUCACCUUCAAUCUAGUAGCAGUUUCGGGUUUCCGCGGCGAGGAGAUCAUCAAACUAGCCAAAGAUCGUCUCUUGACAAUCACUAUCGGUUUUUCCAUUUCCCUGUUCACCAGCUUGCUCAUCUUCCCUGUUUGGGCUGGCGAUGAGCUUCAUCGAUCUUUGAAGUCCAAAUUCGACAAUGUUGCGUCCUCGAUCGAAGAAUGUUUGAAAGAGUACUUCAAAUUGAUCGAUGUCGAGAAAACAGGAACUCAAUCAAGCGGCGAUCUUGAUAGAUACAAAUCAGUGCUACACUCAAAAUCAUCCGACGAGUCAUUGGCCAAUUUCGCGAGGUGGGAGCCCUGGCAUGGGAGAUUCGGAUUCAGCUAUCCCUGGAACAAGUACCUGCACGUCGGCGAGUUUCUUCGGGAGCUGGCAGCUUCCAUGAUUCAACUGAAAGCAUGCUUACCAUCGCAUCGACAGUCGCCACAAUGCAUACGGUCCACUAUCAAGGAGCCUUGCGAAGCCAUGGCCGUGUUGAUAUGUUCCGCUUUGAAGGAACUUGGCGAUACCAUCUUCAACAUGAGGAAGUGUCAACGACGAGAGUCUAUUGUUGCGGAGUUAAAGAUGGCGAGACAGGAGCUAAAUUCAACGAUAUCUACUUGGAAACUUGGGACAUUGGGAAAUCAAACUAGUAGCAUCCGCGAUGAACUUUCUAUGGCGAGUUUUGUGUUUAUGUUAAUGGAAAUGGUGGAUAAGGUGGAAAUGUUGGCCAAAGAAGUACAAGAACUUGGAGAACUUGCAGGUUUCAUUUCUCAAUAAAGUAGCCGUUGGUGCCGGAGAUUUGAUGGUCUAUGGUGAGGAUUUAUGAGGCUAGAUAUGACAAGUGAAGAGUAACAUCUAAGUAGCCAUGAACACAUGGUAUUUGUAAACACUUUUGCAGGAGGAAUACAAUUGAUUCGCAUUAAUUAUGUUAAAAUCAAAUACAAUGUUGAAUAUGUAUGACAAAUGAUCUGUUUAGCUAAAAAAGAUUGAAAACGACUGAACUAAACCUACACUAGUGUAGGCUGUCGAUCUCGAAAAUAUGUAGAAAAUAAGAGUAUGAGUAUUGUUCUAAUACUCUUCCUCACUAUCAAUAAUUAUAAUGAUACUUUUGAUC